ACGCCACUGGAAUAUAAACAAACUGGCAUUAUUAUCAUUACUAUUAUUACCAUUUCACUCAAUCCUUCUCCAAAAAACAGAACACUACGCCGAGUGGAAAGCAAGAAAGGGUACCCCACGAGCGCAGAAAUACGGAUAUAUGUCCUAAAAGCCUAAGAUAAAGGCCAGAGUCGAAGUUGCCGGGAGACCAGACUCCAGCGGUGUGUGACAAGAAGUAAAAUGAUAAAUGGGAUAUGGUUAAUGUAUUUAGUCGGAGCUGGCAUAAGGCUCUGGCUAAUGAACACACCAUGGGCUGAGUGCAUAGCGAAGCGUGUAGAACUCUCAACGCCUCUCAACUCUUGGAAAAGAGUGGAGGAGGGCGUGUUUCUUCACAGCCAAGACAUAGCUGUCUACAGUGGGGGGGUCUUCCAUGAAACUCCCUUUUGCCUUCUGUUUGGGGGCUUCCUCAUCAGAUCAUGGCAGAAUUACUUACACCUGAUAUUUGUCGGCUGUGAUCUAUUAACUGCAGCUCUUCUAGCCUCUGUUGCAUCAUCGUACAGCAGGCAACUGCUCCUACAGCAGAAGAAUGCGGUGUCGCAGUUUGCCUCUGACUCUUCGCACUUGCUCCUGACAUCCUCUGCCCUAGGGACGGGUGUGGUGUAUGUGGCAGCUGCAUAUCUCUUCUGCCCAUACACCAUAGCCUCCUGUGUUGCUCAGACCACCUCUGUUUUCGCAAACCUCGUAAUUGCCGCUGCGUUUGCGUCCAUGGUGAAAGGAUAUCCAGUGAUAUUUGGCACUCUUGUUGCUCUCGUGGCUUACCAGUCCUUCUACCCUAUAUGCCUGAUGGUGCCUGGGAUACUCUUCUUCAUGCAGAAUGACAGUCACAAUCUGAAGGCAGCCUUGUUGAAGCCUCUCCUGUCAUUCUUGGUGUCUCUGGGGCUGUUGAUGGUGAUCUCCGCAGAGAUUGCAGGAGGAUGGGAGUUCCUCGAAGCUACGUAUGGGUUCAUCCUGGCAGCACCAGACCUCACGCCAAACAUCGGACUCUUCUGGUACUUCUUCACCGAGAUGUUCGAACACUUCCGGCUUUUCUUCCUGGCAACCUUCCAGAUCAACGCCUUUGUCUACGUACUCCCCCUAGCAAUACGGUUAAGGAAGGACCCUGUGCUCCUGGCUACUGCUCUGCUAGCAUUCACAGCUGUCUUCAGGAGUUAUCCAGCUUUGGGGGAUGUGGGUAUCUACCUCUCCCUCCUGCCCAUGUGGAAGCACUUGUACCCUUUUAUGCGUCAGACAUUCAUCGUUGGCUGUAUGUUUGUUGCCACUUCUGUCUUAGGCCCCAUCAUGUAUAACCUUUGGAUCUUCAGUGGUUCUGCGAAUGCAAAUUUCUACUUUGCCGUCACUUUAGCUUUCAAUACUGCACAGAUAUUCCUGGUGACGGACCUGCUGUUUGCCCAUGUCAAGAGAGAGUACCACCUCAUACAUGGCUCAAAGAUGGAGGUUGAUGAAGUUCCAGCCAGGCUUAUUCUACAGUAAAAUCUUCCCCUCGAUGCUUUUACUUUUGUAUUUCAUGACAUAAUCUUCAAUAUUUUGCUAUUGACCAAUCCUUUUUUUAUAAAGAUGAGUUGUGUGUUGGAUGGACCUCAUAGCAUUCAUUUGACCAUCUUU